AGUUUACUCUGGAAAAUCUAAAGACUUUCCGGAGAAAUUGAUUGGGUGACCAAUGUUUGUCAUUAGGAGAUUUGCUACCUCGUAUGUGGCGUUUAAUUUCUUGCUGCGGAUCAGUACGUGAUUGGGCCAAUGUAAUUAUGAAUUCGCAAUCAGUAUACUAUUUAGAACCACAUGAAUCUCAUUUAAUGCAGAUAUUUGCUGCAGCUACGAGCAAUUUAUUAAGCAUUUUGGAUGAUGCAGAACUGUUUGAAUUAAACAAAUCAUUUACGGUUGAUGAAUUAUGUUCAAUGGGUUCAUUUUUCAAUCAUUUAAUAUAUGAAUCUGUUAUUAUGGUAACUGAUUCUAAUCAACUUAAAUUGUGGAGUCCAUCUUCAAAAGAUGAUAAUAAGCUGAAUAAAGGGAUUACUUCUGGUGGUAGUAUGCUGAAUGAUAAGUCUACUGUCCAGUCGACCAGUUGUUCAUCUACAAUGCCUAAUUUAUUUACAAUUUGUUUACGUUUGUUAUCAGUAAUUUAUGAACGGGAUAGUAGACAUUCAUUUACACCACCAAAUUUCUGGUUAAUAUCAAAUCUCAAAGUAUCAGCUUUCCUGUCAGAUUUACGUAAGCCAAAACCACAUGCAACAUUUCUACUCAAACAUAUUCCACAUAUAAUACCACAUAAAGAGCGCGUUAUUCUCUUCCGUGAUUUUGUGCGUGAGGAUAAAGCUUCACUGGGGAUACAUACACGAACUAAUUGGCUUACGGAUGAUGGUCCAGUUGGUGCUGUAAUAACUGUGCAUAGAAAUCGUAUUGUUGAAGAUGGUUAUCAGCAGCUAGCCAAUUUGACUUCACCUCAAUUACGUAUGAAAAUACGCGUGCAGUUUGUAAAUGAAAUGGGUUUAGAUGAAGUUGGUAUUGAUUUAGAUGGUGUAUUUAAAGAAUUCCUAGAAGAAACACUUCGUCGUGUAUUUGAUCCAAGUUUAAACUUAUUUCGUCUGACAAAUGAUCAACGUUUGUAUCCAUCUCCUACUUCACAUCUCCAAGAAAGUCAUUUACAACUCUUUGAAUUUCUAGGGAAAAUGCUUGCUAAAGCCGUCUAUGAAAGUACCGUUGUUGAUGUACCGUUUGCAAAUUUCUUCCUUACUCAAUUACUUGGUCGUGAAAAAGCAGGUUGUUAUAGUUUUCUUGAUGAAUUAGCCACAUUGGAUAGAGAAUUGUACAAAAGCCUAAGUUAUAUCAAGCAUUAUGAUGGAGAUGUAUCUGAACUGGAGUUCACCUAUUCGUAUGCAGAAGAUUGUUUAGGUCAAGUGAUUGUACAUGACCUCUGUCCUGGUGGUCGUCAAAUAUCUGUAACAAAUGAUGUCAAGAUAAGUUAUGUUCAUAGUGUUGCUCACUUCCGUAUGUACAAGCAGAUUCGAGCUCAAACCGCUUCAUUUAUACGUGGAUUUUAUUCUAUUCUGAAUCCUGACUGGUUGGCUAUGUUUUCACCACCAGAAUUACAGACUCUGAUUUCAGGUGACUGUGGUUCCAUGGAUAUUGAUGAUUUAAAACAGCAUACACGCUAUUCGGGUGGAUUUCAUAGUAAUCAUCGCGUUAUUCGCUGGUUAUGGGAUAUUUUAAGACGUGAUUUUGACGAUCGGGAGCGUAGUUUGUUUUUAAAGUUUGUGACCAGUUGCUCUAGACCGCCUCUUUUGGGAUUCGCUAAUCUGGAACCACCAUUUUGUAUACGUUGUGUUCAUUACACAAAUGAGGAUCAAGAUGUCGGUGAUACUUUAGGAUCAGUACUAAAAGGAUUUUUAGGCGUUGUUGGACGUCGUGAAGAAGUUUCUCGCCUACCGACUGCAUCAACUUGUUUUAAUCUUCUAAAACUACCCAACUAUUCAUCUCGUAGUGCAUUAAAAGAAAAGUUGAGGUAUGCAAUAAAUAGUCAUGCUGGUUUUGAGCUCUCUUAAUUCUUAUUUUUUUUCUGUUGCACUUAACUUCUGUUGUAUGUGGUACAUUUCUAUGUUUCAUCGAAUAACUGUAAAUAUUCACUUUGUUGAGCAUUUUAUUUCGGAAAUUAUCAUUUCUUUUUCAGUUCAACACAUUUACUCUGGCUUGACUUUUGACAUUUAAUUUUCUAUUUUAGUUUUAUGAAUGUAAAAUUUUCUCAAUACUGUAAACAAUAAUUGGUUUCCUUGUUCAGUAUUUUUGUAAUAUUAAAAUGUCUUUUAUCAGUUACUUCAUGACUGUGAUGAUUUUAGAAAUAAGUUUGCUUUCAUCGUCUGUGUGAGUUAUUUAAAUCGCCUAUUAAUAUUUAUUUGAUUACCCUUUUACCUACUUUAUGAAAAGAAGUUAUUUCACUUGC